AUGUCCCUUGAACCGAGCGGGCCCAGGUCGACCUCGCCUGAGAGCGCCCUUCACGACUCCCAACACCCUCCGCGACAAUGGAGAAACCAACUCAGCGCCGGAGAUGACCUGCCGAACCAAGACAAAACCUACCGCAAAUAUGCUGCCGGCGUCGACCGAGCCCUGACCCUGUUCGAGACCGCGCUUCAGGAAUGGGCAGACUACAUCUCUUUCCUGAACAGACUCCUCAAAGCACUUCAAGCCCGGAGCCAGAACAUACACACCGUACCAGCCAAGACCACCGUCGCGAAACGCCUGUCGCAAUGCCUCAACCCAUCCCUGCCGUCAGGUGUGCACCAGAAAGCCCUUGAGGUCUACAAUUACGUCUUCACGGUAGUAGGGAAGGAUGGCUUGUCGCGAGACCUACCGCUGUAUUUGCCCGGGCUUGCGCCCACUCUGUCCUUCGCCUCCCUUUCCGUGCGGACUCCAUUCUUAGACCUCCUGGAACGCCAUUUCCUCGACUUGGACCCACGAGCCCUUCGCCCCGCCAUGAAGUCCAUCAUCUUAGCUCUGUUGCCAGGAUUAGAGGAGGAGACUGCAGAGGACUUCGAUCGAACGCUGAAACUAUUGGAGAGCUUCAAGAAAGCUAUACGGCCGGCAGGAUCCGAGGAGAUCACACCCAUACACUACGCCGGAGACGAUUUCUUCUGGCAAUGCUUCUUUUUGGCCGCCAUCACAGGACAAAGCCGACGGCCGGGAGCUUUGGCUUACCUUGUGCGAAGUCUCCCCAAGCUGGGCCAUACCCUAACAGCGGAGCCGCGCGACGCAGACAGUUCAAUACAAAAGGAGGAAAUCGAGCUAUCCUCAAAAGUAGCCCAAUUAGUCACCACACCGGAGCCCGGGCUGCUUCUGCGCUGUUUCGCAGCGGGUUUGGCUGACGAGCAACUACUCAUCCAGAGAGGCUUCCUAGAUCUGCUGGUGACCCACUUGCCUCUACACUCGAAGGUGCUCCAGGAUCGGGUCAAGCCAGGUGACUUGGAACUGCUUCUAAAGGCUGCCGCCGGAGUAGUGACAAGGCGAGAAAUGAGCCUGAAUAGGAGGCUUUGGACUUGGCUCCUUGGGCCAGAGCCCCAGGCCGGUGACACCGAGAGUGGACUGGAAUCCCCUAAUUCGCCAUCGGCACAUCACAACGGACUGCUAUCGACCAGGACAAGCUAUUUUGAGGAGUAUGGACUUGAGCCGCUCAUUAAGUCAUUGUUGGCUUUGAUCAAAGACGCUCCAGAGACCACUGCCGCCGAGAAAGCCCGUCCAUACCGCAUUUGUCUGUCACUGAUGGACAGAUGGGAGAUCGGUGGUCUUGUUGUGCCUGAGAUCUUCCUACCUAUCGUGGACAGCGUCAGAAACUUCAAGGCUCAGGCAUCCAGCCAGUCGGAGUUUUCUGAAGUCCUGCGUAGUGCUAGCACCUUCUUCGACGGUGUCGAAAGUGGCUUGAUAUAUGGCGAGAUACUAGGCCAAAUGGCCAAGGCAAUCGGGCCCGGGGCAUCUUCUACUGCUGAGCGGGCAGACAAGCUUGCGCUCGUCCAAUUCAUGAUCAAACACUUCAACAUCAAGGAAGAAGAAAUGGUCACAGUGCACGCACCUCUUACUUCCCUGGCGAUCUUUUGUAUGAUCGAAGAUGCACGAAGAAGAGAGGAUCGGGAGAGUCAAUCUGCAGAUAAGGAUGACCUGGUCACCACAGCGCUUGGGAUCGCGGCUGAUCUUCUGGACAUCGUGCCAGAGCGGGCGUUCCCGUCCAAGGCAGAAGGCACAUCUUCAGACUCGACAGCUCUGGGAAACUCGCAGAACUUGGACGUUUUGCUGAGAAUUAGAGACUUCUACAUCCACGAGCAGGGCAAUUUGGACGUUUCGAAGCCACCCUUGAGCCGCCGCGAUGUAGGAGAGCUCCUGCUGCAAAAGUCUUGCAGCCUGGGAUGCGAGAGUCUUAUGCGAAAAGAAUCAGUAGCAGAUCUCAGCGUUAAGUGCCGCAUACUGAUGGUGCUGAUCUCAAAGACGCCACAAGACUCUCCAGUCGACACCUCUCGCCUACUUGCAGCCCUCCACUCCUGCGCAUCGGAAGAGGGCUCUUUACGAUUUGUUACCUACUCUUCUAUCCUGUCCCUCUCCACUCAUUUGUUCUCAUCUGGACGAAUUUCCCAUAACGACCUUUCCGAACUGGUCAUACCUCUUGUUCAGCAUGCGUGGUCCUACUUGUCUGCGUCGAAACCACGGUACCAUGUUGAGACCGUGAGGAGUCUUUGGCAACUUCAGAGUGUGCUGACAACACAAAACCGGGAUAUUGAGGCAGCAAUUUGUGCUUUGAUGAUCCAGAGUGAUGUCAACGGACAUUUUACCGUUCGGCCUGCAGAACCUGGUCGAAGAUUUAGCAUCCUGUGGUCCCACAGCCUGCAGGACAACCCUCCCACCUCAGAUAGGAGAGCCCCAAAGAUUCCUUACGGGGACUUUUCAUCUUCUCCGAGACUUGCUGGGAUAGACAACUACGAGGUCAUGCUAACGCGGCCGUUGUUUUUGAUGCUGGAUGCAUUCUCAGACGAAAAGACACAGCUUUUCAUGGCGGCCAAGACAUGGCUCAAUAGUCUUGUUGGCAUUGACAAGAUCUUCUACAUCAUCACGUCGCAAUUUUUGCAGUUGUCAUUUCUACGACGGGCCCCCGUGGACGAUGGCACACUCCCUGAUGCGAGGGGCUUCACAAAUAACGAUGACCUUGACCUCUGCCAGUACUAUUUGAGAACAAUUUCAAAUGUCUUCCGCUGGGCGCCUGACGCUAUCUGGAGUAUUUUGGCUACCAAAAUGGUUUCUCCUGAUGACUUUCCCGGAGUAGCUGAGAUUACUGGUACCCAGGAAGACAUGCCUCUCCAAUUCUUCCUCUUGCAAGUUUGUCUGAGAUGCAUCUCACAAUACCAGAUCAACGAUGACAGCGAGAUCAAAGUCCGGGUCACACAGCUUAUUCGGAGUGCGCUGGUAGUUCUCCAUCAGAUACUCCUCAGCCCCUAUGCUGCGCCCCUCGCAAGGUUCCAUCUCGAAGAUGUCUUGAUAGAAAGGCUUUCUCAGUCUUUGGAGUGCCCGGAUCCCUAUUCCCAGGUCCUUCUCCUAGACGUCGUCUUCGCUUCAUUGAAGCUUCGGGAGGUGCUCACUGCGGAACCCCCACCAUCACCUACCCUGGAGAAAAGGAAGCAAGGUGGUGAAGUUGGAAGCCACCGUGGCUCCGUCUCUGCGGACAAGACAUCUCGACUUCCUCCUCCGCCACCAGCAUUGCUCAGGUGCCUGCAAGCCGGUCUCUCGUCCCCAAGUAGUCGACCAGUAUUGGACAGCUGGAUCAGUUUCCUUACUGAAUGCUUGCCUUACUAUGCCGACACCAUAUUUCAGGUGCUGAUUCCCCUCGUGGGGACACUGUGCGACCAGAUUGGGGCCACCUUUUCUAGCUUGCAACAGAUGUUCAAAGGACGCGAGCACAGCUUGGAGGAGCAUCCGGACGCGCCAGAAACCACCUUGAUCUCCUUUUUGAAUGGACUGGAACACGUCCUGGCUAGAAGCCACGACAGAUUACUGCUGGAGGAGGCACGCACACAGGUCGUUAAGAGCCCCGACCAGCCACAGGGAUUCUUUGGGAAUAUGGUGUCUGGCGUAUUCUCAAAUGAAAACCUGCACUCCAGGAGUGCCACGGCAAAUGACAGGUUGACGGUGUUGUUGGCCUUUCAGGACGCUGUGAGAAUUUGCUUCAGGAUAUGGUCCUGGGGCCAAGGUGGCGACGCGACUGCGCAGGCCACCAGCUCGAUGGCUUCCUUCAAGUACACCUCUCUGCGCAUGAGAAACCGUGCUCGGAGGCUUCUUGAGCAUUUGUUUGCCGCGGAAACGCUGGAGUGCUUGGAGACAGUCAUUGACAUUUGGCGCAAGUCAUUGAAUGAUUCUGCGUCGCAACCACAUGUUGAAGUCUUCAACCUUCUUCCUGCCCUUGAUGGCUCGCGACCGAAGCACACUAUACCAGCGAUAUUCAACUCCAUAUAUAGCCGAACCAAUCCGACAGCACUCGACCCUGCGCGCAAGUCUAAUUUGACGCUGGACUUACAGGACACUGAUAUUGUCAUUUUCCUGGUGGACUACGCUAGAUCACUUGAGGAUGACGCUAUGGACGAAAUCUGGCAGGACUGCAUCACAUUCCUGAAGGAUCUUUUGACCAACCCAUUCCCUCAUCGUCAAACCCUCCCAAGUCUUCUCGAAUUCGCUGCAAUUUUGGGCGUCAAGGUCGACAAUACGAACUUCGGAGAGCAGCGUAAGAUGCGCCGGGAGUUAGGGGACCUAUUCCUAAGACUACUGACUGCGCUAUUCACGACACGACCUGUCAACUUCUCAGAUAGCUACAAUGGCACAUCUGAGAAGCCAAAGCGCCUCGAGCCUUCCAUUCAAGCCACACCGAGCAGGAGCCCCCAAGGACGUGCAGACGACGUUGUCUCGAUACUGUCAGCGAUCACCCCAGAUCUCCCCAAGAUACUGGUUGAGAAUGACCGUGUUCUAUCUGCUGCAACAUCCAUCUCCACCAGCGUCAUCGGGCCAGCAGUACGCGCGAAGGCGUUCCCGGACACAUUUUCUAAGAGCACCCUGGUCUUGUUGCAGGAGCUUACGCGACUGCCGAACAACCAAAAGACCUGGAAGAGAGACGUCACAGAUGCGUUCAAUGAUCCUCGCUUCUUCGGAUCGAACGUGACUCUGGUUCACAAUGACUGGUUGCCUCUGCUGAAGCAGUGGACAGUAACCGAUAAAGAUCGGUUGCCAGAAUUAUUGAGCCGGAUCACUGCACCGACGACGGCAGGCAUAGUGUUCGGCGUAGGCGCCACCUCGGCAAGACUUGAGGCUGACCGCAAGACGCAACUGAAUCUCCGCCGCAUAGCCACACUGAUCCUGGCAGCGGCGGAGGACACAUUUGUCACCGAGUUGCCCAAUAUCUUAGAGAAGCUUGUCGAAUUACUAGGGGCAACGGCUACUUCAUCCCCGUCUUCGACAACGCGGGCAGAGCUAUUUAUGGUCGUCCGCGCACUUGUACUCAAAACGAGCGCCAUCCACCUGGCCCCAAUCUGGCCAGUAAUCAAUGCAGAGCUGCACGCGGCUGUGUCAUCCGUGGCAGCCCCUGACCACAGCACUGCCUCUGAGAUGUACAACAACGGGUCGGUGCUGCAGGCAUGCAAGUUAUUGGACCUGCUCAUCUGCGCGGCACCCGAUGACUUCCAGCUGCACGAAUGGCUUUUCGUGACAGACACGAUCGACGCGGUGUACCGACCAGUCAACUAUCAAGCAAUCGCGUUGGUGGAUGAGCUCUCCGAAGAGUUGGGGUCGGCAAUUGUGACACCGCAUCCGCAAUCAGAAGAUACGGCGUUCCUGACUGCGCAAGGCCCUCGCAAGCGGCCUUUGCUUGGAAUCGGUGGUAUCAGGGAUGACGUCAAUUUGGAGAGGAGGGAAGAGCUUGUUGCGAAGGUGUUACGGCCCUUCUUUGGCCAACUCAGCAUCUUUGCUUUUGAGUCAACCUACGCGAUGAGCCCAGUGGACUGGGAGGGCUGCAUCCAAGGACUGCUGAAGGAUUUGUUCGAUGAGUCCACCAUUGUAAGGGCGCUCUGA